CUGCCUUACUAUACGAUAAAAAAGAAGAUAGAGAAAUUACAAUUUAAUGAGCAUUGUGUUAGUUUGCGUAAAUGUAAUGUUACCAUUUUGAUUUAAAAAUAUUGCUACUAAACCAAGAUAAAGAGGUUUAUAAAGAAAAGUCAUUGGCUAAGAUAAACAUAAAAUUGAAUUCCGAAGACUACUUGAAUUGAAUCCGGUUAGUUUGCAAUGCAUCGUAAAGCAACGUUUCCAAGUUUCUGAUAAAUUCAAACGUCGUUUGAAUUUAUCAGAAGAAGGGAAUAUUGUUCAGUAAUACUCCUUUUUUUUUUGCAAAAUUGUAUACACAACCUUACCUCUAUUCGGGAGAGUGUAUGUUGGCAAAAAUAUUUUUACGAAUAAUCCGCGAAAGUUUUUGAUGCGAAAGUAGUUAAAGGCGCAAGUUUGGUAUGAUCAUGAUAUGAUGUAUUGCAACCUCAUCCCCAGGGCUUUUCUACGUCUAUGAAUGUCAGAAUGUCAUAGGUGUAGAGGAGCACUGCGGAUGAGGUUGAAUAUAACGUAUACAUCGCACGUUAUAUAUGACAACGUUUCCUCGUCAUUAAGGCGGUUUUUAUAUAUACUAAAAGUUGUCACAAAGUUACCGAUAUAUAUGUAAAUAGUGUCUACACCACCUUUGUUACCACGCCUUCAAACGUUACGUGUAGCAACGUGUCAAGGAAAGUCUUUCUUGUCAUGAGGCGCUUUCAAUCAACUCAACUUGGAUUUUAUCAUUCAUUUUAUCAUUCUUGUCCCAACCUUGAGCUCUGGGGACGAAAAUGGAUCUUUACAUAAUGAUAAUUAGGAUUAAAGUAAGUAAGUAAUUAACGUGCGUACGUCACGUCAUUGAAGUACUGAUGACACACACGAACCUUUAAUUUCAAAAUUCGUUCAUGUUUAUUCUUGUUCUCAUCAUCAUCCUCCACUACCUCUUUUUUCCGUUCACAUGCUCUCGGAUGAAGUUACAAACUUAAUGGACCAGCCUCAUCAUUUGCGUUAGUUUUUUUUUUUUUUGAGCGAGGAAUUUUAUUUCAGUGUCAAACUAUCGCGCCCACCCCUUUCUGAAGUAAGUCAGAUUUCACUGCCUGAAAAAAUUGGUCUUUUAGAGUCACGGGAAAAGAAUAAUAUAUUCAUCUCUCAUACAGCGUUUCCAUUUUGAGAUAAAAAUUUGGUAGCUACUUAGAAGUAAAUCUAACUUUUAGUAUUUUGGUUAUUUGAAAGUUGAAAAAAAAUAUUUAGUUUAACCAGGAAAAAAAUUUGCUUAUAAUACUCUAAAAGCUUUUUUUUCAACUUUUCCGCCAGAAGACAGAGCAGGAAAGCAAGUAAGUGGAUUGUAUUAUUAACCUCAUGUUGGUUAACAUGUUUAAACAUGACAAUGUCUAGUCUAUAUCGAGACAACUAUACGUCACGAAAAUUCAACUAAAAGAAAUUGCAGACAGUACUGAACGAUAAACAAGUUGUAUUAAUAAGAAAUCCUUUUCAUAUAAAUCAACCCUCUAAUUUCUAAUCGCUUUAAAAUUUAACAGACCGACACAUUUCGUAAGCUUGAACAAAAAAUUGCAUGAGUAAAAAAGAACCAAUCUCGUGUCAACUCUUUGAAACGUUUGCCAUUAACUUGUAUAAUAAUAAAGGCCUGGUACUAAACUGGUUGCACGAUUCGCCACGCAAACAAAAAACUGCAUUUUAUAAUUUUGUCACCUAAUUGGCAAGAGUAAAUAAGCUAACGUUGUAUUUGUACAUGAUUUUACACAGUGCUUAAGGCUUCUUUUAUACUACGAAAAACUUCAAUGACAUAUAAUCCUACUUUUGUGAUGCAAUGUUAGCAAUUUCGCGUGAAUAUGAGUAACUUCCGCUAGUGGAAACUUAGCCGUAUGGACUUCUAAGAUACUACACACGUUUAGAUUUGAUUAUAACAGAUACAACUAACGACAACAAAUAAAAAGAAGGACAAAAUGAAAGAAUCAGUUGCUAAAAAAUAAGAAAAGAAGAAAGAAGUAGUAACAAAAAGAAAGAAAUCAUCCUGAAAUUGGAGAUAGUAAAGAUGGAUUGGAAAUGGAGAUUGUGUGUGCGAUUCUUCAUGCUAUUGACUUACAGUAGUUUUAGUACAUGCUUCGCAUUCAACAGAACGUCCGAAAAUAAAUCAGUGCAGAAUGAAACUUAUUAUCCUGACCCGUGUGAAACAGCGACCGAAUCAUACCGAGAUAUCAUUUUCGUUUUCCUUCUGGUCUGUGUCUUUAUCAUUGCUGUCGUUGGAAAUAGCUUUGCUGUUGUUGUUAUAGUACUUUCGAAGACGCUUCGUUCACACCCCACUAAUAUCUUUAUUGCUUCACUAGCCGCUAGUGAUUUGGGUGUAACAUUCUUCACCAUACCUAUAACAAUAGAUGGAUAUAUAUACCGUCAAAAUUUCUGUUUUCAUGAGCUGGUCUGUAAAAUGUCAAAUUUUACAGAACUGGUUUUCCAUAUUAGUUCGGUGUCACACCUAUUUGCAAUCGCUAUUGAGCGAUUUUUAGCUAUAAAAGCUCCGUUUGCACAUCAUACUAUAAUGACGAAAAAGACAACAUUUAUUUGCGUACUAGCAACUUGGUUAUACAGUGUGAUUUGGGCAUUUCUUGGUAUGGUCAACUGGGAAACUGGAUCGUUUGAUAACGUGAAAUUGUUUGAUGCAGAGGGCACAAGAGUAUGUGCAAAUGAGAACCGAAUAUAUUUCACAGUCGUGUAUUCUGUGACAUACUUAAUACCACUAUGCAUUAUGGGAGCGUUAUAUGCGGCCAUUUUGAAAAUUGCGCUUAAACAAGCUCGAGCAGUUGCUUCAUUGCGCCCACAAAAUCUGGACCCAAUAAAUAUAAAAAAUAAUCAGAAAGUUUCCACGAAAAAAACUCAGGAGAUGAGAGCUACAAAAACAUUAGCUAUCGUGUAUGGUGCGUUUUUCGUGUGUUGGUUCCCGGUCACAAUAAUCACGCUAACCUCGAAUUGGUGCCCAGAAUGUUAUGUAAAUUUUAGAAACGAAAACAAAUUUGCGUUCGAGAUGGUUGUGGCACUUUUCAUCGAGGCAUUGCCACCACUGAAUUCAUGUUUAAAUCCUUUCGUUUAUAUAUUAUUUAAUAGACAAUUCAGAAAAGCGUUCAAGAAUUUAAUUUUGAAAAUGUUGCGGAAACCGAGAAAUAUCGAUAAUGACACAAAUCGUUCGUUUUCUGGCACGUUAAGUAAAAUAAGAAAGCAAACAAGAGAGAGAUACAAACCGAAUGAUGAAACAUUCAGUCAACGAAGUGGCAGUCCUAUGGUGUUUUAAAAGCGAAGUUCAGGAGUAUUCUCGUAUUACCACGCUUAAACUAAUCUUAUCAUGUAAAUAUUGCAGAUUGCAUUUUUUUUUAUAACAUUUCAUUUGUGUCUCA